AAAACGCUGCGUUUUAACCUUUUUAUUACUGCCCAAGCAACUUUAUUUUUUUACAUUUAAAAAAAAUCGAAAAAUAAAAUAAAAAUAUAAUAGGCUUAGAAGUUACAACUACCUUGGCUCACCUCCUCUAUGGAAGGCGACGAAAUAUCCCACACUCUCAUACACACUCUUUCUCUCUCUCUUCAACGUCUCGUGAAUUGUGAUAAAUUUUUUUGUAUGAAGGUUUUUCGUAGUGAUUUUGUUAGGUGAAUUGGUAGUGAUUGGUAUGAUUGGUGAUGAAGAUGAAGAAAUCGUUUCGAGAAUCUGUUAAAGCUCUUGAAGCUGAUAUUCAGCACGCUAAUACUCUUGCUUCAGGGUACAGAAGACAGCCUGAUGGCGCUUGCUUCCAGAUGAGACUAUCCUACAGCCCAGCAGCUCACUUAUUUCUUUUCCUUGUUCAGUGGACUGACUGUUACCUUGCUGGUGCCCUUGGGCUACUCAGAAUUCUAAUUUUUAUGACUUAUGAAGAUGGGAAAACUACUAUGUCUGUCCAUGAAAAGAAAGCAAGCAUUCGACAGUUUUAUGGUGUGAUUUUCCCUUCCCUGCUGCAACUGCAAACAGGAAUUACAGAAUUGGACGAUAGAAAACAAAAGGAAGUAUGUGCCCAGAGGUAUAGAAGAAAAGAUACGUGUGAGAAGUCUGAAUCAAUGGAGCUAGAAAACGAGAUAGAAGCGGAGUGUGGCAUCUGCAUGGAAAUUAAUGACAAGGGUGUGCUGCCUAAUUGCAACCACUCUCUGUGUUUCAAGUGUUACAAAGACUGGUCUACUCGGUCUCAAUCUUGCCCUUUCUGUCGGGAUUGUCUAAGAGGAGUCAAGUCAGGUGACCUUUGGGUUUACACUGGUGACCGUGAUGUUGUUGAUUUAUCAGUUAUCAUGAGGGAGAAUUUAAACCGGCUGUUCAUUUAUUUAGAUAAGUUACCCCUCGUGGAUCCAUAUCCUGGGUCUGCAUCCUAUGAUUGGCACAUUUAAUUAUCACGCUUGUUCGAAGUUUUUAAUGUACAGUUAAUUCAAUAUAUAGUCUAAUAGAUCGCAAUUUUGUGUUUCUUACGUUCUCA